ACAGCCUCACAGCAACCGCUGCUACAUCUUUGGUUUGUGCAGGAAAGGAGCUGCAUCUCAACCCUGCUGCUGCUCAGCGCCAGUUCUGCCUUCUCGCAGCUGAAUCUGAGUUGCAGUUUAGUCUCUUUUACCGGUGCUUAAAGCGACGGAGGUGUUGUUAUAUGUCAGAAUGUAGCCGUCUGCAGUGGCUUGUUUAUCAGGUGUGACACGGAGCCGAGUCUCCGAGGGGAUCCUGUCAUUACUGCUGGCGGACGGGCGUGUGUCAGCUGAUGCUGGGCCUCUGGUGCUGGACGGCACAGACUACAGGCUGCCGUUCACAAGUGUCACGUUUUUACUUUUGUAGGGUGUCCCACUGUUCGUGCUGUGCUACACAGACACAGCUGCACUGAUGCUGUUGAGGUGUUCAUUCGUUGUCACCGACUGCAACUACCGAGUAUUAAUUGGAGCCGAUUAAUUCGAGAGCACUUGUUUGAGUUGUCAGUGUGAUCCAGAACUUCAAACUGGCUGAAAUGGAUGAGCAAAGUGUUGAGAGCAUCGCUGAGGUGUUCCGAUGCUUCAUUUGCAUGGAGAAACUGAGGGAUGCUCGCCUCUGCCCACAUUGCUCCAAACUCUGCUGCUUCAGCUGCAUACGACGAUGGCUGACGGAGCAGAGAGCCCAGUGUCCACACUGCCGGGCUCCACUCCAGCUGAGGGAGCUGGUCAACUGUCGCUGGGCGGAGGAGGUCACCCAGCAGCUGGACACCCUGCAGCUCUGCAGCCUCACCAAGCAUGAAGACAACGACAAAGACAAAUGUGAGAACCAUCAUGAGAAGCUCAGCGUUUUCUGUUGGACCUGCAAAAAAUGCAUCUGUCACCAGUGUGCUCUGUGGGGAGGCAUGCACGGCGGCCACACCUUUAAGCCUCUGGUGGAGAUUUAUGAGCAGCAUGUGACCAAAGUGAAGGAGGAGGUUGCUAAGCUGCGCCGCCGCCUCAUGGAGCUCAUCAGUCUGGUGCAGGAAGUGGAGAGGAACGUUGAGGCGGUCAGGGGGGCAAAAGACGAGCGGGUUCGAGAGAUCCGAAACGCUGUGGAAAUGAUGAUCGCUCGUCUGGACAACCAGCUCAAGAACAAACUCAUCACGCUCAUGGGCCAGAAGACGUCCUUGACCCAGGAGACGGAGCUGCUGGAGUCUUUGCUGCAGGAGGUGGAGCAUCAGCUUCACUCCUGCAGUAAGAGCGAACUGAUCUCCAAAAGCCCCGAGAUCCUGCUCAUGUUCCAGCAGGUCCACCGGAAACCCAUGCAGUCCUUCGUCACCACGCCCGUCCCUCCAGACUUCACCAGUGAGCUGGUUCCUGCCUAUGACUCAAGCACGUUUGUUCUGGUCAACUUCAGCACCCUGAGGCAGCGUGCUGACCCGGUCUACAGCCCCCCCCUGCAGAUCUCUGGCCUCUGCUGGAGACUCAAAGUUUACCCAGAUGGUAACGGCGUGGUCCGUGGAAACUAUUUGUCUGUGUUCCUUGAACUGUCUGCAGGACUUCCUGAAACUUCAAAGUACGAGUACCGUGUGGAGAUGGUCCAUCAGGCCUCCAGUGACCCCACAAAGAACAUAAUUCGGGAGUUUGCCUCUGACUUUGAGGUUGGUGAAUGCUGGGGCUACAACCGCUUCUUCAGGCUUGAUCUUCUAGCCAGUGAGGGAUACCUGAACAUGCAGACCGACACACUGGUCCUCCGCUAUCAGGUUCGCUCACCUACCUUCUUCCAGAAGUGCAGAGAUCAGUACUGGUACAUCAGCCAGCUGGAGUCGGCCCAGAGUGGCUACAUCCAGCAGAUCAACAACCUCAAAGAGAGGCUCGCUAUCGAGCUGUUUCGCCGUCAGACCUCACGCAGCUCCUCACCUCCUGACCUGAGGCUCGCUGCGGGCACCACGACCUCUGAAAGAGACCCUCGCUUGGUGAAGAGUGACGAUGACAUCCAGACCACUUUGAGCAACACUAAGAAAGGAGAAGAAGAGGAGAGGACGCAGCACGAUGACUCUAAUGAGCUGUCAGACGGUGACCUGGAGGUGGACUGUCUGACAGAAGAGGAGGUGAACCCUCUGGAUGGCAGCAGCACCUCAGGGAGCUCCACAGCCACCAGCAACACCGAGGAGAACGACAUAGACGAGGAGACCAUGUCUGGGGAGAAUGAUGUCGACUUCAUUGGCAACCUGGACACAGAAGAAGGAGAGCUUCCUGACGACUUGGCUGGGGCCACAGGUGGAUCCAGCUCCAGUGUGCGUUCAUUACAUCGCAGCGCUCCGGCUGCUACUGGUCGUAGUAGCGGAGCUGCCGCUGCCGUCACCGCCGGUGCUAUUGGGCCAGGUGGUAACAGCCUCCUGGAGAUCGACCCGGUCAUCCUGAUCCAGCUGCUGGACCUGAAGGAGCGCAGCAGCGUGGAGUCUCUGUGGGGUCUUCAGCCUCGGCCUCCAGUAUCUCUCCUCCACAGCCAAGCUCAUCCUCACUCAAGGAAGGAACGAGAGCGACGUCCCCAGGUGGUGCGACGAUCGGCUCCGGAUUCGGGGGUCCUGAUCCGCCUUAAGGCUCAGAUGGCCGAGGUCCGCAGCAAGAUGGCCGAUGUCAAGAGUCAAGUGCUGGAGGCUCGGGGGUCAGCAGAGCCCAGGCCGGGCCCAUCUGGGGCCUUCGGUGCUGAGGAGCUCCCAUCUCAUCACGGCGAUUCAGAGAUGGCAAUAUGUCAUAAACCCAGUGAGCUCGACCUGGUGGGGAGAGCAGCUGCAGCUCGGUCCCGACCCUGCCGGCCCGCCAGGAAAUCUCUGUCUCCUGUCUUGGACAGCAGCUCUCUGGUUGUGAAGAGGAGGAGUCCAGAGGAGAUGGAGAAAGACCUGAGAGGAGCAGAAGCUGCUCUGGAGCUCAGCCUGCAUCCUAAAGAUGGGAUAGGAGGAGCAGAGGUAGUGCUGAAGGCUGACGGCAUCCAGGGGCCCUUGGUGUCUCUUGGCAGCUCCUCAUCAGAGCAGCCCACCACCUCUAAGCAGCAGUACUCAGUGGAGCAGCAGCUAUAUGGGGCCUCGGGGUCUAGGGAAGACAUCUUCACCUUGGGAGGACCAAGCUAUAUGACUUCCAGCAAGAACUGUAGCAGCAGGAGCCUAGGGGGAGCUGCAUUGGACUGCGAAUCUGAAAGCUCAGGAAACUCCCAUCAGUCCUUGCCAGAGGGGCCCUCAGCACAGCCGCAGUCAAAUGAAGAUCCCUCGGUGUCUGUGCUGGUAGCAGCAACAAGCAGUGACAGCGACACAGAGGAUGAAGCCCUACAGAGCAACAACUCUCGCUACGACAACCACACUCCUCCCUGCACAGGAGAGCAGCUUCUGUCUGAUGACAUGAGUCUGCCCGCUGACAGGUGAUUCCCCCCGAGCCCGUCAGACACCCGGCUUAACGCCUCACAGCGACGCAAUAACGUCCGGAGACGACACGUGCUAGUUCCACAAACCCGUAGAGUAGAAACUGCUUGUUAUGCAUGAACUGACUGAAAAUGAAGACGAUGCAACAACACAAACUUUUUUUUUUUUUGGUAGUCUGAAUGCUUUUUGUUAGAGGACCCUGGAAGAAGUCAUUGAAAUAAGGUGAUCACUUAAUGUUGUAUAAAUACAACAAAGCUGCCCCUUUAAGAGAACCAACAUCACAGCUUGUGUUUAGAGUUGUUUUUCUCCGUUCUGGUUUUGUCUUUAUUCGGAGAUUUGACCCCUCAGUGCUGCUUUUUGCUCGUCAGCGUGGCUGUUAAAGAGCAGCACUGGACUGAUGAAAGUUUGUUAGUCUCAUUAUUUAACAGCCACGUACUUAGUUCAAUAAAUAAAUGCAUCAGAGUAAAUGACUGAAUGACUGAAUCUCUACUACAUUGUAUUUAAUCAUUUAUUUAAUUCAAUGUGUAUAAAUGCUUUUCUAAGUCUGGCCUGUCUACAGCAUAUAUAUGUAAAUAAUAUGUAACCUGUCAAUAAGAGUUUAGUGUUUUUAAUGCCAUGCUGUUCGUGCUGAGUUCAGUCUUCCUGCCCGUCAGGCUCAACACCUGCUCGGCUUCCUUCACCCGUGUCCCUCACAGCAUCAGCACUUUUCAUCACUGCUCAGACGCUUCGUUUUGUAGACACUCUGACUUAUCAGCAGCAUAAAAUCUUUCUUUUUUUUUUUUUACGGGGUGAACCAUUAGCUUUUCUUUUAAGUUAUGUAAAUGUCUUUGCUCAUAAUAACAACCGCAGUGGCACAUCAGUCUUUAUUUGACAUUUGAAAAGGCUAAACGAUCACCAAAUAACGUGAAUUAUGAAACUGCUGCCGUCUGUGGGCUGAAACUUCGAGGCACGGCGCGGCCUCCGGUGAAGACCAGGCAGAUGUUUUCACUUCAGCAUCUGCUCGAGCAUCACCGACUGCAGGGCAACGAUCCAACCCACGCGCAGCACACCUGACAACUAUUAUUAAUUUAAAGCAGCGGCCUAAGAUUGGUUAUUCUCGUGAUUCUGUAAAAAACAGCAGCACCCACUUAGCUUAACUAGAGCCCACCCACAUCUGCUGCUCUCCACUCCCACUGAUUCAAACAGCGCUGAUGUCGAACAACUGCUGGGAUGUCUUAUCGCAAAACUCAAAAUACCUGCAAUAGCUCUUUUUAAAAUUUUUAAUUCCCCAUUUUAACUCUGUAGUGAGUGAGGCAGCACUGAAGAGCUGAGGCAGCAGCAGCUCUGUUAUCAGUAACCCCUCUGUGUUCCUGCUGUGCUGUGUCAAAAUGUGUGCUGUGAAAAGUUUAUAUAUGUGGGCAAAAAAAAAAAGAAGCGAAUCGCUCUUUUUAAAGGGCUAGUACACCCAAAUUAGAUGUCACUGUGUGAUUUUUGUACUGUUCUUACAAGGACAUGAUGGAGGGGAAUGCAGGGCUGCUGCUAAUACACUGUUGAUUAAUGUACGGGUAAUUUUCUCAGGAUUUCAUUUGGUGUGUUUAAUGUCCCCAAUGAGUGAAAAAUGACUGCCAUAGAAAAAAUUAUAGGCUAAUCAGAAAGUUUGCCCAUUAAUUUCCUUUUUAUCUAGAUUUACUGAAUCAUCGCAGCACCUCUAGGUGAGUGCUAAUUAGGUCGGGGAGCUCUGAAAAAUGAUUUUCCUUCUGGUUCGCCUUACUGUAGAUAAUUUAAUUGGAAAUAUGUGGGGACCUUUUUUUAAUUUAUUUAUAUUAAAGAGCUCCUAAUGAAAAGUCUGUAUUAUCCACCUGUGUGUUCCCUGAAUAGAGGUUUCUGAUUGAUUUGGAACAAACAAAACCAAAAUAAUCUGCACAGAGUGAAAGUGCGUUUCUAAUUUUGGCUGAACUGACCCUUUUAAACUUGAGGCGCAUUUAAUUUUCCGAGGAGUUGACGGCAAAGCUUAAUAAGAAUCGUAAUUAUGUAACAUGUGCUCUGCUGCGCUGCUGGCUUUUCUUGAUGGAUUAAUUAUUUCUCAGCUCACUUCUUUGAACAAACAGAGCGAACACGAGUCCAACGCUGCUGCUGCCGCUUCACUGGGAGGAAACAUGUCUGGAAGUCGAGACCUUUCUCCUUCAUCCUUCAGCCGUAUCUAAUUU